ACAAGGACCUUACACCUCGAUUCCCUCUCCACUUUCGUGUCCUUUCGUAAUUCUCCGUCUCCUCCCCUCCUUGCGCCUCGUGCCUUUCCAUUCCACGCCCUCCUGAACCCCCCUCCUCUCCCCUCUCCGAUCCCGGUCGUUCGAUCAAUGCUCCAGGGGCACACCAUCACAGUGACGGUGUCUGUCCACCUUCAACAUCAUGGCCAGCGGUAGGCCUCCCGGACAUCAUUCAGCCGCUGGCCGUGAUGAUGAUCUGCUGGGGCUGGAGGAGUCCGCUCCCAUUUACAACACAGGCCGCGGCCCCCCCGUUAACGAUGAACACCUCUUGCGACGGUACGAUAUCGACGACUCCGACCACCUCCAACCGCGCCCCUCGGUGUCCUACGACAACUUCGUCGGCGGUCAGGUCCCAUCGCAUACCGGUGUCCAUCUGACGGCCGGGGCGCAUGCCCCGUCUCAGGCGGGUUCGUUCGUCAGCGACCCGUAUUCAGGCAACGACAUGUCUCGAUCCUAUUCGCAGACCUCCGGACUGGACAACUACAGGCGCUAUUCAGUCGACGACUAUGGAGACGACCGGUCGAUGCACGACUACUACAUGGAUGAUGGGGACGACCGCUUGGCCGAUCACCGCGUGCGGCAGGCCAAGGAGCGGAACAGUAUCCUUGGUCUAGGAGGCGGGCUGAUGGGGAGGGCCAAAAGCAUGCUGGGCAUGGGCCCCGAAUACUCGGAGAUGGACCUUCCCCUGACGGAACAUGGGGCCGGUGCCACACGGAUCGACAGCGCUGAACCUGAUGAGUCCGCUGCGGCCGGGGCGCCUAGGAAGGCCAAAAAGCCCGGCUUCAAGUUCGGUUUUGGCCGGCGGAAGGUCGACCCCUCGACCCUGGGUCCUCGAAACAUCGUCUUGAACAAUCCGCCCGCCAACGCGGUCCACAAGUUCGUCAACAACCAUGUGUCCACGGCCAAGUACAACGUCUUCACCUUCAUCCCGAAGUUCUUGUUCGAACAGUUCUCCAAAUACGCCAACUUGUUUUUCUUGUUCACCGCGGUCUUGCAGCAGAUCCCGAAUGUGUCGCCCACCAAUCGAUACACCACUAUCGGCCCGCUCAUCGUCGUGUUGCUGGUCUCUGCCAUCAAGGAGUUGGUGGAGGAUUACAAGCGGAGGUCGUCGGACAAGUCCCUGAACUACUCCAAGACGCAGGUCUUGAAGGGCUCGGCCUUCCACGAGACGAAGUGGGUCGAUGUUUCAGUCGGGGACAUCAUUCGCGUCGAGUCCGAACAACCGUUCCCGGCCGACAUGGUGCUCUUGGCCUCCUCGGAGCCGGAAGGCUUAUGCUACAUCGAAACCGCUAACCUGGAUGGAGAAACCAACCUGAAGAUCAAGCAGGCGAUCCCCGAGACGGCUCACCUCGUCAGCCAAGCGGACCUCAGCAGGUUGAGUGGUCGGAUCCGGUCCGAACAGCCCAACAGCAGUCUCUACACCUACGAAGCGACCCUGACCAUGCACGCCGGAGGCGGCGAGAAGGAACUGCCGUUAGCGCCGGAUCAGCUUCUCCUUCGAGGAGCGACCCUGCGGAACACGCCGUGGGUGCACGGAAUCGUGGUCUUCACCGGUCAUGAAACCAAACUGAUGCGCAAUGCCACGGCGACGCCGAUCAAGCGGACGGCAGUGGAGCGCAUGGUCAACAUACAGAUUUUGAUGCUGGUCAGCAUUCUGCUUGCCCUUAGCGUGAUCAGCUCCGUCGGCGACCUGAUCAUCCGUCAGACGCAGCAUGAUAAGCUGGUUUACUUGGACUACGGCAACACGCACCCGGUCAAGCAAUUCGUUCUAGAUAUCUUCACUUACUGGGUCCUCUACUCCAACCUGGUACCCAUUUCGCUCUUUGUCACGAUCGAGAUCGUGAAGUAUGCCCAGGCGUUCCUGAUCAACUCCGAUCUCGACAUCUACUACGACAAGACGGAUACUCCCGCCACCUGCCGGACGUCGUCCUUGGUCGAAGAGCUCGGACAGAUCGAGUAUAUUUUCUCCGACAAGACUGGCACCCUGACUUGCAACAUGAUGGAGUUCAAGCAAUGCACGAUCGCUGGCAUUCAAUACGGUGAAGAUGUCCCGGAGGACCGACGAGCCACGGUGGAAGACGGGGUCGAGGUCGGCGUCCACCCCUUCAAACAGCUCCAGGAGAACCUCAAAUCCCAUCCGUCAUCCGGAGCGAUCCAUCAUUUCCUCACGUUACUUGCCACUUGCCAUACGGUCAUUCCCGAAAAGUCGGACAAGGACCCCGACGUGAUCAAAUAUCAGGCGGCGUCUCCCGACGAGGGUGCCCUGGUCGACGGUGCUGCCACGCUGGGUUAUCGCUUCACGAACCGUAGACCUCGGUCUGUGAUUUUCAAAGCCGAUGGACAGGAAUAUGAAUACGAACUGCUCGCGGUGUGCGAGUUCAACUCGACGAGAAAGCGGAUGUCGACCAUUUUCAGGUGUCCCGAUGGGAAGAUCCGCAUCUACACCAAGGGCGCGGACACGGUCAUCCUCGAACGUCUGAACCCACACAACCCUAUCGUCGAGGCGACGCUACAACAUCUGGAAGAGUAUGCAUCGGACGGUCUUCGGACGCUGUGUCUGGCGAUGCGUGAAAUCUCAGAGGACGAGUUCCAGCAAUGGUACCAAAUAUUCGACAAGGCGGCCACCACCGUCAGUGGAAACCGUCAGGAUGAGCUGGACAAGGCUGCCGAGCUCAUUGAGAAGGACUUCUUCCUUCUGGGAGCAACAGCAAUUGAGGAUAAACUGCAGGAUGGUGUUCCUGACACUAUCCACACCCUCCAGACUGCGGGAAUCAAGGUCUGGGUGUUGACCGGUGAUCGACAGGAAACGGCCAUCAACAUUGGCAUGUCCUGCAAGCUCAUCUCGGAAGACAUGACAUUGUUGAUCGUGAACGAGGAUUCCGCUCAAGAUACACGGGAUAACAUCCAGAAGAAAAUGCAGGCCGUCCAGAGCCAAAGUGCUGCUGGUGAAGCCGAACCGUUGGCCCUCGUCAUCGACGGUCGAUCCCUGACUUUCGCCCUGGAAAAGGACAUGGAGAAACUGUUCCUGGAUUUGGCUGUCAUGUGCAAGGCUGUGAUUUGUUGUCGUGUCUCCCCGCUUCAAAAAGCUCUGGUCGUGAAGCUUGUCAAGCGCCAUCUGAAGUCCCUUCUCUUAGCUAUUGGCGACGGGGCCAACGACGUUUCUAUGAUCCAAGCCGCUCAUGUUGGUGUUGGUAUCAGCGGUGUCGAAGGUCUCCAAGCCGCCAGGUCUGCAGAUGUUGCCAUCGCGCAGUUCCGCUUCCUUCGCAAGCUGCUCCUUGUCCAUGGUGCUUGGAGCUAUCACCGGAUCAGUCGAGUUAUCUUGUAUUCCUUCUACAAGAAUAUUGCGCUUUACAUGACGCAGUUUUGGUAUUCGUUCCAAAAUGCGUUCUCCGGUGAAGUUAUCUACGAAUCGUGGACACUGUCCUUCUACAACGUCUUCUUCACGGUGCUUCCGCCAUUUGCGAUGGGCAUCUGUGACCAGUUCAUCUCCGCUCGACUCUUGGAUCGGUAUCCCCAGCUGUACCAGCUUGGGCAGAAGGGCGUGUUCUUCAAACGGCACAGUUUCUGGUCGUGGAUCCUCAACGGCUUCUACCACUCCCUGAUCCUCUACAUCUUCUCGCAGCUGAUCUUCCUUUACGACCUCCCGCAAGCCGAUGGCAGAACAGCGGGCCACUGGGUCUGGGGCUCCGCCCUGUACACCGCGGUCCUGGCCACGGUGCUCGGCAAGGCCGCGCUGAUCACGAACAUCUGGACCAAGUACACGUUCAUUGCCAUCCCCGGCUCGAUGGUCAUCUGGUUGGUUUUCCUGCCGGCCUACGGUUACGCAGCGCCGGCGAUCGGAUUCUCUGAAGAAUACUACGGCACUGUCCCUCGGAUCUUCACCUCCCCAAUCUUCUACCUCAUGGCGGUUGUGCUCCCCUGCCUGUGCCUCAUGCGCGACUACGCCUGGAAGUACGCCAAGCGCAUGUACUACCCGCAGCACUACCACCACGUGCAGGAGAUCCAGAAGUACAACGUCCAGGACUACCGGCCGCGGAUGGAGCAGUUCCAAAAGGCCAUCCGCAAGGUGCGGCAGGUGCAGCGCAUGCGCAAACAGCGCGGCUACGCAUUCAGCCAGGCCGACGAGGGCGGGCAGAUGCGCGUGGUCAACGCGUACGAUACGACGCGGGGACGUGGUAGAUAUGGUGAAAUGACGAGUUCGAGGGCUCUCGUAUAAUGAUUGGUUUAUUGUUAUUGAUCUUGCUUUCUAUUUUCCUCUCUCACACCGCUUACUACUUACUUUCUUGUUCUCUUAUUUUUGUCCAUCUGCUGAUUGAAGCUGUAUUGUGUGUGCAUUUCAGGCGGAUCUUGUAUUGAUUUUUGGUUUCAUAUCAUCUAUCUUCUUAUUUUCUUAUAUUACUAUCUUAUCUUUUUCUCUUUUCCCACUCGUGGUCAUCUUAGCUACGGUCGAUGCUGUCUUCUUAACCACGGUCAAUGUUGAAAUUGGUGAUAUCAAACAAAAGACCCCCGUUUUAUGCUGUCGGGUAUGGCGUGAGUUAUUUGAGUGAGUGGAGUGCGGUUGACGGGUAUAUACUACAACAAGACUAUGAGGACCUGUGAACGUGACGCCAAAUAUGACAACUUUGAGG